AUGUCAAGACAGAGCAAUAGAGCUGGUGAUCCACGGAAAGUGAAUGGAGAGUUAUUCACCUUGACCUAUGGAGCUCUUGUAGCACAGCUAAUGAAAGAUUACGAAAAUGAUGAACAAGUCAAUAAACAGCUAGACCGAAUGGGUUAUAACAUGGGUGUUCGUAUAAUUGAAGACUUCCUGGCCAGAGCCAAUACAGGACGAUGUCAUGAUUUCAGAGAGGCGGCAGAUGUUAUUGCUAAGGUUGCAUUCAAGAUGUACCUAGGUCUUACUCCUGUUGUGAGUAAUUGGAGUGCUGCAGGAGAUGAAUUUUCACUGUUGUUAGAAUCCAAUCCUCUAACAGAAUUUGUAGAGCUUCCUCCUGGUCAUGCGAAUCUCAACUACUCAGCCAUUUUGUGUGGUGUGCUAAGAGGAGCACUAGAAAUGGUGCAAAUGGAUGUUGAUGUUAAAUUUGUACAGGACACUCUCAAGGGAGAUAAUGUCACAGAAAUAAGACUCAAAUUCAUCAAAAGAUUAGAAGAUGCAGUUCCUGUUGGGGAAGACUAG